AUGGCAGACCUGGAUCUAGACGCAGCUUUUAUCCCAGCUCUUCAUAAGCCAGCAGCCUUGCUCCCAAUUGCAAAACAUCGCGAGAGCCUACUCUAUGUGAUUGAAAAAUACCAAGUCACCAUUGUUAUAGGCCAAACCGGUUCGGGAAAGACAACGCAAAUACCUCAGUUCCUAGAACGAGCAGGAUGGUGUUCAGGCGGAAAGAUCAUUGGCGUCACUCAGCCUCGUCGUGUCGCAGCAACCACCGUUGCUGUUAGAGUCGCCGAAGAAGUUGGUUGUGAGCUUGGCAAAGAAGUCGGAUACUCGAUACGGUUCGAGGACGUGACCUCGGCAUCAACAAAGAUAAAGUUUCUCACAGAUGGCCUCCUCAUCAGAGAAGCUCUCGUCGAUCCAUUGCUGACGCGUUACUCGGUUAUUAUGGUUGAUGAGGCACACGAGAGGUCUAUCAGCACUGAUGUCUUGUUGGGCCUACUGAAGAAGAUUCGCCGAAAGCGACCCGAGCUGCGUAUCAUCAUCAGCAGUGCCACUCUCCAAGCUAAGGAGUUCCUGGAAUUCUUCACAAGGAGCAGUGAUGAUCAGCCAAACAAAACAGACAAAAAGGAUGACACCGGGGCCAUCGUCAGUCUCGAAGGAAGAACAUACCCAAUAGACAUACUCUACUUGGAGUCACCGGCAGAGAACUAUGUUGAGAAAGCAAUCGACGUGGUCUUUGAUAUCCACACCCAAGAGGGCGAAGGAGAUAUCCUAGUUUUCCUGACUGGCCGAGAGGAAAUCGACAAUGCGAUUCAAGCAGUCAGCGAGCGCAUGCUUGAUCUUGGCUCAAAACACGGUCCCUUGAUGCCAUUGCCAUUAUAUGCUGGCUUGUCUACCGAACAGCAAAUGUAUGUUUUUGACAAGCUACCCGAAGGCACACGAAAAGUUGUCUUUUCUACGAACAUCGCCGAAGCAUCAGUCACAAUCGAUGGAAUUGUCUUCGUGGUGGAUAGUGGAUUCGUAAAACUGAGGGCGUAUGACCCAAGGACUGGCAUAGAAUCACUCACUGCUACAGCGGUAUCAAAAGCAGCCGCGUCGCAACGUGCUGGACGAGCUGGUCGCACAAAACCUGGAAAAUGCUUCCGACUUUACACUGAGCAGAGUUACCAAUCGCUGCCAGAUGCCAAUGUCCCUGAGCUUCAGAGGUCGAAUUUGGCACCUGUCAUUCUGCAACUCAAAGCUUUGGGAAUAGACAAUAUUGUGCGGUUCGACUUUCUAUCUCCGCCACCGUCUGAACUCAUGGCCAAGGCUCUUGAGUUGCUGUAUGCUCUAGGAGCUUUGGAUGAGUAUGCCAAGCUCACUCGACCUAUGGGCUCAAGGAUGGCCGAGUUGGCCGUUGAGCCUAUGAUGGCGAAAACCCUCCUAGCAGCACCGUCCUUUGGAUGCCUCAGCGAAAUGCUUACUAUCGCGGCAAUGACCAGUCUCGGAGGCAGUGUAUGGUUCUCUCACGAAGGCGAGAAAAAGAAGAUGGAGACAUCACGCAGAAAGUUCGCCGUGGAUGAAGGUGACCACUUGACUCUCCUCAACGCCUACCAAGCCUUUGUUACAAAGGGACGAAAAGAAGCAAAGUUCUGUCAUGAGAACAACCUCAACUUCAAGUCCAUGAGUCGAGCAGUCAGUAUCAGAGCUCAACUAAAGCGGUAUCUUGAGCGAUUCAGCAUUAAUAUAGAUGAGACACUCGCUGGACAAGCAUCACCGGAGGCGAACGUCAAAAAAGCAGAACAGAUCCGCCGUUGUCUUACAUCGGGCUACUUUGCCCACGCAGCAAGGAUGCAGCCAGACGGAACGUUUCGCAACGUCGAGGGCAACAUGGUCCUUCACGCACAUCCAAGUUCACUAAUGUUCAACCGCAAAGCGGAUUGGGUCAUCUUCCAUGAAGCAAUGGAGACGGGUACCAAGAUAUUCAUCCGGGAUGUCACCAAGAUCGAGAAAGGAUGGCUCUUGGAAUAUGCGCCAGAGUUUUACCAAAUCACGACAGAUCGGAGAGGGUGA